ACGUGCGCGCUUGUGUGUGUAUGAGAGAGAGAGAGAGGGCGUGUGUGUAUUGUAUUGUAUGACCACGCGGCCUUAUACUUUGGACAUGUCAUGCAAAUUCUCCAUGUGAUGGUAAAUUCAUCGGAAAUAUUAAGAUUGCUGUUUUGUAGGAUCGAAACGGGACACUUAUCUUCCCUCUAUCCUGGAAAUUUUGUUUCGUUUUCGUUCUUGGCACGACACUUCCGCAUUACUUGUUUUGUCGUGAUGUGGUGAUACUUGGUAGACGUUUUAAAGCUGUAUACAAAAGAAAAAUCAUUGAAAAUUUCUUGGUUUAUUGAUUGAAACGAGAAAGAAAAUUCAAAUUAACUAGAAAGAGUUUGAAGACAAAACAAAAAUAAAUUUGAAAAUAUGUCUCAUAGAGAUAGAGAGUUUGGAAAAGGAGGAGGAAAAGGGAAACACGCUGUAACAUUUUCUAAUGAUCAAUCACCAACCUCUAAAUAUGAGUCAGUACCAAUGUUUGAUAUGACUACAAAGAAACGGGCAACAAAUAAUACAUUAUGUGAACAACAGUCUCCAGAAUCGAAAGGGCAACCCCAAAAAGAAGAUAUAAAGAAAUGGAUGCGGGAAAACAUAAAAUUGAGACCACAUCAAGUUACCUCAAAGAAAAGUGGAAAGUGGCUUGGAGUUAAGAAUAAAAUUGUGCAACCAAUAAUCCCAAGAGCUGAGAAAAGCAGAGAAGUAAUAGAAAAAGAUGAGAACAGUGGCUCUGAAGAUGAAUGGAUAAGUUCAUCACCACCACCACCACCACCACCAAUAUCAUUACAGCUGCUGUCAUAUCUGCCACAGCCGUCAUCGUCGCUGCUUCAACCAAUUUCCUCACCGCUGCAACUACCUCAGCCGCCAUCAUUCCUCAAGUAAUGUACCCUUCAUUGCACCAAUAUUAAUAGUUAUAGAUUUUUUUUCAUCUGAUAGGAAGAGGAUAAUCUUUGGCAAAAAUGUUGAUACUUAAUAUGCCUCUUUCUUGCAUCUGAAAGGAAAAGUGCAAUUGUUUGAUGAUAGCAAAGGAGCUUCUGGCAUAUGGCCAGAUGUUUCCACCUAUCCACCCUUCUACUAUGCACAACACUAUCACAUUGAAAGUUCCACCAUGGAUUCAGAUUACCCAUCCAUCCAUCCAUCC